AUGUCGCUCAAGCAGGAGUUGCAGAUAUGGGACAGCGCCUUGAAGGCGUUCGACAAGCAGGACUAUGCGGGCGCGCUGCAGCAAUUCGAGGCUAUCGCCGACACGUCCAAGAUCCUCUUCAACAUGGGCGUGAUUCACGCGACCCUCGGCGAGCACGACCGAGCCCUCGCCCGCUUCGACCAGGCCCUCUCGCUCGACCCGUUCUUCGCCGUCACCCUCUUCCAAGCCGGCGUGUCCAGCUUCCUUCUCGGGCGUUUUGAUGUGGCGCGACGAGACUUUGACGAGGCGCUGGCUCUCUUUCACGACAACCAUACCAUCGACUAUACCCAACUCGGCCUCGACUUCAAGUUGUACUCGUGCGAGGUCCGCUUCAACCGCGGGCUGACGCUGAUCAGGAUGGGACAAGGCGAGCUCGGCAUGCAGGACUUGCUGGCGGCCAAGGAGGACAAGCAGACGGACUGGCACGACGUGAUCGACGAGGCUUGCACGGAUCAGGCCGCGGGAUACACCGUCUUCAGCAUCCCCGUCGGCAUCGUCUUCCGUCCAUCCGAGACCAAGUUGCAGAACCUCGAACGGCGCGACUACCUCGGGAAAGCGACCGUCAUCGCUGCCGCAAGCUCGAGUGACCUCGUCGUCGCGCCGGACGGCUCAGUGAAGAUGCCCGCGACCGCCGGCCUCGCUCCGCCACCGAACACUCGCCCACUUACGCCUGCCGCCAGCACACGCCGCACCAAGCUUCCGGCUCGCAGCAACACAAGUGCAGGGCGGCUUCAGACCGCCACCAGUCCGCGCAGCGAUAUCAGCGGACCCAUGUCGCCGAGUCGCAGCGACUUGGGAAGGUCGAAGACGGCGAAGCCUUCCGUCGCACCCAGGUCCCCUCCUUCGCGCCCUAUUCUCGCGCCGCUCAAUACCGACGUCUCUUCCAAGUCUGCUACACGAGCUGCGAUGCUAUCACCGGCGCAGGAAUUCCCCGUCUCGCCCGCCUCAGGCCUCCCUCGCCCGCCAGACGACGACUUCCGCCCGCCUCCAAACCUCCUGCUCGCGCGCUCUGCGACGGUAGCAGGCCUCCCGCAGCGCCAGAAGCCCGACCUGCGACUCAACGACGCCUUCUAUCCCGUCGGCCAGACCUCGCCCACCCAGCUCACUCGCAGCGCGACAACCCUUGCGCUCUCACCUACCGCUCGUGCCCGCUCUCGCGCCAUCUCAUCGCCCGCCUCGCCCUACGCGCCGACCUUCGCCCAGUCCCCCCUCCCGCGCUCUCGCCGCAGCAACUCCGUCUCGUCCGCCGAGCCGCGCUCGCCUACGCCCUACCCCGACGAUGAGACCGACCCCGGCUGGAUGCAGAGCAUGCUGCAGUACCGCAAGGACUCGUCGACGAAGGGCGAAUCGAGCGCGCGCCUGAAUGUUCCGCAGCUGGGAAGGCAGGGAAGUGCGUCGCGUGAGCCGCCCGCGUUCGCUUCGCAAGGCGCGAACCAGAAGCCGCCUAGUACGACAAUGUACGACGUCAUCGGCCAGGACUGGAUGGGCAGCGAGGCGGGCGGAUCGUCGAAGGGUCCGGGCAAGGUUCGGGUCAGGUUGCAGUACCGGCAGGAGACGAGGGCGAUGAGCAUCCCGAUCGACUUGACGCUGGCUUCUUUCGUCGAGCGAGUCCGCUUCAAGCUGAAGAGCGAGUACGACCUGCCAAUCCGAUUCCGCGACUCGGACGGCGCACUCAUCUCGUUGCAAGACGAGGAAGACUGGCAGUGCGCUCUCGACCAAGCCCGCGAAGCCGCGGGCGGCUUCUCCGCCGGAAAACUCGAUGUUCUCGUCGACCACCUGUAG